AUGGAAAACUCGACAUCACCUCGACUGGCUUUUCUCGGCCCAGCAGGAUCCUAUUCUCACCAGUGCGCAAUCGAGAGGUUCGAUGAUUCCGUGCAAUAUGUCGAACAACCCAACAUAUCCAAUGUGUUCAAUGCGGUCUCCGCCGACAUCCCCUUCGCUGUCAUUCCGCAGGAAAAUAGCGUUCACGGGACCGUCAACGAAACCUAUGAAUCCUUCCGCAGUCCACAAGCCGGUCGAUCUGUUUUCGUGAGAGGUGAAUUGACGAUCGCAAUCAGGCAUUGCUUGGUUGUCCGGGACGGAAUCAAGUUGGAGGAAGUUGAGAGAGUCAUGAGCCACGAACAGGCCCUUGGACAGUGCUCUCACUUCCUGUCAGAACACUUGCCACAAGCCACAAGGAUGAAGGUGCCAUCCACUUCCGCCGCAGCACGAGCUGUCCUCAACUGUGGCCCGGGGACCGGAGAGCCCGAGAGCGCUGCAAUCUGCUCUGUCCCUUGCGCCGAGUCGUUUGAUGGAUUGCGCAUACUGUUUCGAGACAUUCAAAACACCGCCACCAAUUUGACGCGCUUCCUGAUAUUAGCCAACUCCAUGGACACCCCACUCCCAGGCGGUAAACUGGAGCCUCGCCGACAACGUGCGCUCGUUCGAGUGAGCAACCGACUGCAUCAGGGCAGAGAAGACGAGCCACCGUUCCCCAGCCGCGCGACGCGAAUGGUACUAAGCACGCUGCUCACCACGUUCGGAUGCCCGGCUCUUCGAGUCGACCGCAAACCAUCGUUGAACAGCGUUCCGUUCAACGAUACCUAUUUCCUCGAGCUUGGAGAUCUCACACUUCCCAUCUCCCCAACGACGGAGAAGCUGCAUGAAUCCGAAUGGCUACAGCGCAUCAAGGCUGGCCUGGACAGCGUUGAGGCAGCAGGCGGGGAAGGCGUCAUCCUAGGCUUGUGGUGA